AUGAUUAGAAGAUAAAAUUCACUACCUGAAAUCCUCUCUAUUCUCUAGGAGAAAAAGAAGGCGCAAAUUGAACAAUAACAACCUGCUUAAGUACCAGAAUAAGAACCUUAGCCAGUCUUCAAAUAUGUUUUACAUGAACACCAAGAAAGAAUUCAAUUAGCCAAGAUGUUUUAUUAGAAUCUAAAGAAAAGAUCAAUAGCAAGAAAUGUCAAUGAAAUCAAAAGCAUGGCUACUUUAAAUGGGUUUCAGUUAAAACAAGGCUAGGUUUUAAGAUAAAAACUAUAUGUUGAAUAAAAUUAAAGAUAAGAAAAUCCUCAAAUAUACUUAUGUCCAACACAGAAGAUACUUCCAUAAAGAACUAGUCCUAUUAAAACCAAUUAAAGAACUUCUCCAUAAUAAAGAUCAAGAGCAAUCACUACUAAAAGCAGUUUCCAUCUCAAGAGUACGGACCUAACAAAAAAUGAAAGCAUGAUCUCUUUGAAAAAGUGCUAGGAAGAAAAACCAAAGGUCAAAACUCGAUAAGUUGAUGAAGUCAAAGGUUAAACUAAAUUAUUCACAAUAGUGUACAAAUCAUUGAAAUAGCAAAGCUGA